UGCGGUGCUGAUUACGAUUUGCCUGUUACGGCUUAGUGGCGUGUCGAAUCUCCGUGUCGCGGCGUCAGGGUUGGCGGUUAACUUUCUCAGCUGUAAGCAAAAAAAAUUUUUUGCGAGCGCAGGUCCAAGCCAAUAUAUAAGUUCUGCCGCCCGCCUUUCCUGCUUUCCCUUUUUUCUCCUUGUCUGCCCACACCGACUUAUCAAUUGCAUAGUCAUCUGGACAUUUUUCACUUUAUAAUCUACUACUUUAUAUACAAAUAAAUCAAAAUGGGAAAAGAGAAGACUCAUGUUAACGUCGUCGUUAUCGGCCACGUCGAUUCCGGCAAGUCUACCACUACCGGUCACUUGAUCUACAAGUGCGGUGGAAUUGACAAGCGUACCAUCGAGAAGUUCGAGAAGGAGGCUGCUGAGCUCGGAAAGGGUUCCUUCAAGUACGCCUGGGUUUUGGACAAGUUGAAGGCUGAGCGUGAGCGUGGUAUCACCAUUGACAUUGCUCUCUGGAAGUUCGAGACUCCUCGCUACUACGUCACCGUGAUCGAUGCCCCCGGACAUCGUGAUUUCAUCAAGAACAUGAUCACUGGUACUUCCCAGGCUGACUGCGCUAUUCUCAUUAUCGCUGCCGGCACUGGUGAGUUCGAGGCUGGUAUCUCCAAGGAUGGCCAGACCCGUGAGCACGCUCUUCUUGCCUACACCCUUGGUGUCAAGCAGCUCAUCGUUGCCAUCAACAAGAUGGACACCACUAAGUGGUCUGAGGCCCGUUACGAGGAGAUCGUCAAGGAGACCUCCAACUUCAUCAAGCGUGUUGGUUUCAACCCCAAGACCGUUCCCUUCGUCCCUAUCUCGGGCUGGAACGGUGACAACAUGAUUGAGCCCUCCGGCAACUGCCCCUGGUACAAGGGAUGGGUCAAGGAGACCAAGGCUUCCGGUGUCGUCAAGGGCAAGACCCUUCUCGAGGCCAUCGAUGCCAUUGAGCCCCCUGUCCGUCCUUCCGACAAGCCCCUCCGUCUUCCCCUCCAGGAUGUCUACAAGAUCGGCGGUAUCGGAACUGUUCCCGUCGGCCGUGUCGAGACCGGUACCAUCAAGGCCGGUAUGGUCGUCACCUUCGCCCCCGCUGGUGUCACCACUGAAGUCAAGUCCGUCGAGAUGCACCACGAGCAGCUCGUUGAGGGUCUCCCCGGUGACAACGUCGGAUUCAACGUCAAGAACGUUUCCGUUAAGGAGAUCCGUCGUGGAAACGUCUGCGGUGACUCCAAGAACGACCCCCCCAAGGGUGCCGCUUCCUUCAACGCCCAGGUCAUCGUCAUGAACCACCCUGGCCAGAUCGGUGCUGGAUACGCCCCAGUUCUUGACUGCCACACCGCCCACAUUGCUUGCAAGUUCGACACCCUCGUCGAGAAGAUCGACCGUCGUUCCGGAAAGAAGAUGGAGGACAACCCGAAGUUCAUCAAGUCUGGUGACGCUGCUAUUGUCAAGCUCAUCCCCUCCAAGCCCAUGUGCGUUGAGGCUUUCACUGACUACCCUCCCCUCGGACGUUUCGCCGUCCGUGACAUGAGACAGACCGUCGCCGUCGGUGUCAUCAAGUCCGUUGACAAGUCCGUCGUCGGUGCCGGCAAGGUCACCAAGGCUGCCAUCAAGGCCUCCAAGAAAUAAAUAAAAAAUCGGUACUGGGUUUAUCGGUUGUUUGUUAUGUUAGCGUGAUGGAAGGGAAAUAAUUGUUAGGAGCGAGGGCGAUUUAGCUCCCGAGCCGUAAU